UACCUUGGUCUCUCACUUAACGAGUUGUGACGGCUGCGGCCUCACCUUCCAAAUCACCGAGCACCACAUCUCGCUUGCUCUCAGACUCCGGCCCCUUACUGACCCAUGGCGACGGCCGCGACCGCAUCCGCCACCCGCUUCACCGCCGCGGCCGGCGGCGCUUUCCAUGGAUUACGGUGGCGGUGCUCUCCUCCGGCCUACCAGGGCGCCAUCCUCUCAGCCAGGCCGAGGGCCGUCUCCCUCACGCCCCAACGGCGCUUCGUAGCCCCAUCCGCCCUCUACAAGGCCGACAUCCAGACCAAGGAGGAGGGCCUCCCGGAGACACUCGAUUACCGGGUCUUCUUCCUCGAUGGCUCCGGCAAGAAUAUCUCACCGUGGCACGAUGUGCCCUUGCAUGUGGGAGACGGGGUCUUCAACUUCGUUGUGGAGAUCCCCAAGGUGUCGAGCGCGAAGAUGGAGGUGGCCACCGAUGAGCCGUUCACGCCUAUAAAGCAGGACACAAAGAAGGGGAAGCUUCGAUACUACCCGUACAAUAUAAACUGGAAUUAUGGAUUACUUCCUCAAACAUGGGAAGACCCAUCUUUUGCUAAUGCAGAAGUUGAAGGGGCUUUUGGAGAUAAUGAUCCAGUUGAUGUUGUUGAGAUAGGUGAAAGACGGGCUAAGAUUGGUGAUAUCCUUAAGGUGAAACCCUUGGCAGCUUUAGCCAUGAUUGACGAAGGGGAGCUAGACUGGAAGAUUGUUGCUAUUUCAUUGGAUGAUCCUCGAGCUUCACUUGUAAAUGAUGUUGAUGAUGUUGAGAAGCAUUUUCCAGGAACUCUUACUGCUAUAAGAGACUGGUUCAGAGACUACAAGAUUCCAGAUGGAAAGCCUGCUAAUAAAUUUGGUCUUGGAAACAAAGCUGCAAACAAGGUAAUUCUCUUAUUGUUCUCUUUAUG